GCUUGACUGAUUGAUUUUUUAUUUGAUAACAUAUCCAUACACAUUAAAGUAUAUAAUGAUUAACGUUCUUGUAUACUUGUUACUAUUAGAUAUCUGCACGCCUAUUUGGUUUGUUGCAUUUUUAGUGUACUUAGAUUUUAUAUUGCUAAAUUCACAAUUCUAGUGUUGUGCCAGCGUCAAUGUGUAUACUUUUGUCAAUCUUUAGUUACAUGAUAAAGGUGUUGAUCAAGUCACUUGUUAGGUGCUUGGGUCCUGACCGUCUUAUGUAGUAUGAAGAAAACUGUUCCCAAGUGUGCUCUACAGUUUGAUAUGGCAGAUUAGGCUUCUGAUCCAUCCCAGCUUCUCAGUUGGAGCAUAUAUUGUAUAUAUUAAAAUCCUUGGUACAGUACGAUAACGUUUCCAGCAGGGCAUGGCAGCGGCAGUCAGCGGUACCAUUAAUUAACUAGUCAACAAAACCACCUUUGAUUCCUUCAGACCAAAGUUACACUAAAACCUUCCCAUUCCACACGUUAUGUCCGCGUGUCACCUGCGCCCCUCACACACCCGCCUUGGCAUUCUGUCAGUGCACACGGUAACGCUAAGGAGCCGGAUGAGCAAACAAGACAACAAGUACAACAGUCCUUAGUCGACGUGAGGGUUCCUGCCCAAGUAGACUAGAGAGCCUUGUUUGCUGCCCUGCACGGACCCUGCCAGCAUCCACUCGGCAGGUAAAUAGGAAGAUCCGUCCACGAUGAGGCUGGUGUUGCUGGUCACCUCGCUGUCUGCCAUCACGCACUCUGGUGGAAUCAGAGGAGAAGUAAGACGUGUUGGUGGUGAGGGAGAGGACAGUCACCCUUCCUCAGCCUCAUCACCAGCACUCCUCACCCUUCACCACCACCACCACCACCUCCACCCUUACACGAGUCCCGGUGAGAUUGUGGGCACCCAGGAUAAUGCGUCUGCUGCUGCUAGUGGUUCUUCUCAGGAAACUCACAUUAGGACUGAUACUCAAAACGUCAGGGAAAGAGGAGGAAGAGGCCGAAGAAGAGGAGAAGGGGGAGGAGGAAGAGGCCGAAGAAGAGGAGAAGAAGAAGGAGGAAGAGGCAGAAGAAGAGAAGAAGAAGGAGGAAGAGGCAGAAGAAGAGAAGAAGAAGGAGGAAGAGGUCGAAGAAGAGAAGAAGGGGGAGUAGGAAGAGGCCGAAGAAAAGGAAAAGAAAGAGGAGGAGGAAGAGGCAGGAGAAGGGAAGGAGGAGGAGGAGGAGGAAGAGGCCGAAGAAGAGAAGAGGGAAGAGAAGGAGGAGGAGCAUUAUCAUCAGUAUCACAAUCCACGGAGACGUCCAAGAUGGGUCAAAACUCAUUAUUCCCUCGCCUGAAGAAGAGGAGAGGUGAAAGGAGGAAGACGUACAAUAUAAGCGCACGGAGGAGGCAGCAUCGUGGCAGCAGGAGAGCGGCGGAGGUGCGGGUGCUGGUGGACGGCGGGGCUGCCACGGCGCCGCUAUCACACUUCUGGCGCAGCACCGGCCUGAGCCCUCCCUUGCCACACACCUCGCCGCAGCCCUUCCUUCUCAGCCCCGACGAGCUCCUGAACCUGGCUCUGGUCGGCUCGCUCCCUCACGAUGCAAUCUCGCAAGUCCGCAUCCACUGGCUUCUCGAUCUCGUCAACGCCACCCUGACGGACGGGGCGCCACGUUACAACUUCACGCAACUGGACGCUCUCAUGACCCACCUGCACCGUCACCGCCUUCGCCCGGGCUUCGAACUCAUGGGGAACCCCGGUGGGAUCUUCAGUGACCUCGAGAACGCCACGCAAGUUCUCUGGUGGCGCCUACUAGUGGAGCAGACCGCGGCGAGAUACGUCGAAUCGUUCGGGCUGGACUGGGUGUCGUCUUGGCGCUGGGAGACAUGGAACGAACCGGAUCACCACGACUUCAAUAACCUCAACAUUACCGAACAAGGCUUUCUCAAUUACUUCGAGGCGUGUCGCGCGGGGCUGCUCGGCGUGUCCCCGCGGCUUAGGCUGGGCGGACCCGGAGCCUCCUGCCGCGACCCGUCCUUCUCCCGCCGCUGCUGGUCACUGCUCGCCCACUGUCAGCGUCGCGCCUCCGCCCGCUGCCUCGACUUCCUCUCCGUGCACAAGAAAGGUCAGGAGGACGCGGACAGCAUACUGACGCAGGAGCUCCUGACGGCAGGCCUUGUGCGGAGGAGCUUCCCGAACCUGCGUCACGUCCCCCUAGUUAACGACGAGGGGGACUUUCUGAAAGGGUGGUGGCGGGGGCUGGAGUGGAGGGCAGACAGUCGGUACGCAGCCUUGGUCGCUCGGGCCGUCGCUAUCCACCUUCCCGCCCUUUCCCGCCUCCACUAUGAACUGCUUAGCUUCGACAACGCCUUCCUCAACUAUAGACCGAGCUUCUUCAAUCAGCGGACCCUUGUGGCGAGGUUUCAGAUGAACUCGACCUCUUGGCCCCACGUGCAGCUGGUGAAGAAGCCGUCCUACGCCGUGAUGGGCCUCCUCGCCCUCCUCGGGGACCGCCAGCUGCGCGUCCGCCUGCACGGCCUCGAUGACAGGCUGUCGGUCAUCGCUUCCUGCCGCCACUGCCGCCCAAGCCAGGGAAGUCAUGCGAAUAGGCGGAGCGCGAUGGACCAGUCAGGCGGCGGCGAUGCGGAAACCAGCCACGACUUGCAUGUUUAUUCUGACGACCACAACCCUCCGGAAAGGCGGGCUGACGGGGCGGAGAGAGAUGUGAACGAGGGAAAGAACAAAAACGAAGAAGAGAAGGCGAGUGAGGAAGAGGAGGAGGGGGACAUGGAAGAGAGGAAAAAUGAAGAAAUGUCAAGUGAGAAAGAGGAAGAGAGGGAAAACGAAGAGAGGGCGAGUGAGGAAGAGAAGAAAAACGAAGACGAGAACCCGAUCGAGGAAGAGGAGAUGGACAUAGCAAAGGCAAUUGAAAAAGAUGAGAAAAAAGAGCCAGGAACAGAACCAGCCAGAUCCAACAUUCCCUCCUCUUUACCCGGCCACAAACAGCACGACCCUACACUAAAUCUCGGAGCCCCGCGGAGCCGCCGAAGCACACGUCACGUCCACACACACGCCGCCAGAAAACGAGGAGCCAUAGCCAACGCCGCGGCCGUAGGGAGGUCAUCCGUCGCUGCUGGAAGAUCCGUUUUUUCCCGCACCCGUCCCGUCUUCCUCCCCGCUCAGCCCCCUUGCCGAGAGCGUCUGUCGAGCAAUAGCAAGGGACCAACAAAGGGAGGGGCGUUUGGCUCGGAGCAGGAGAGAUACCCAGCGGUGUUCCCACGUCCUGAAGGGAGCCAUGAUGGAACGGGAGGGAAGAAUGGUGGAGGUGUGAAUGUCAAGGAAAGAGGAUUGGAUGCUACCGAAAGACAGGGAAAUGAAGAAGAAAGCGAAGAAGGGAAUGACAAGAGAGUGCGGGAUUGUGAAAACAUCCGCCGUCAGAAAAGAGAAGAGAAGGAGGAGGAAGAGAGUGAAGACAGCGAAGAAACAGAGGAAGACACCGAAAUAGGAGUGGAAGACGAAGAGAAGCAAAACAAAAGAAGUCCAUCGGGAGAGAACGAGAGAGUAGAGGAAGUCGACGAAAAGAGAAAUGAAGAAACUGAAGAAGAGAAUGAAAGAGAAGAGGAAAACAAUGAGGUGAUGGAAGAAGGAAACCAAAUACCAUCGGAAGCGGAGGAAACUAAGAAAGGAGAGGAGAAGGAGGAGGAGGAGAGCAUGGACGAACCCCCCGGCGGUGCGUGGGAAGCGGCGGUGCUGGUGUCCCUGUCCGCCGGCCCUGCCCGAUCCCCGCCCGCCGCCUGCCGCCAAGUGGUGGUGGCCGUGCGCGUCCCCGGCUUCCUCAUUGGAGGGGUGUUGGUCGUUGCCGUGUACCGCCUCGGGGGCAGCUGGCCAGGCCCUUACGAGGCGUGGCAGCAGCUGGGACGACCUGAGGAGCCGAGCCGCCCCCAGCUGGCCUUCAUGCGAGCCUACGAGAACGCCCGCCGCCAGGGUCCGCGCGAGGUGUCUCCAGUUCGCGGGCGUCUGGUGGCCUCCGUGAAGGUCUGCGCACCUGAUGUUUGGGUUCUUCACGUGUGUCAACCCGCCGCCGCCACCCCCGGACAGGUGGUGGGCGUGAGCGUGAUGGGCGUGACUCCAUGGGACGCGUUGAUUACCUGGUCAGACGAGUGUAUUAACACCAGGUGUGUGUUCAGGUACGAGGUGGAGCACAGCGCGGGGGGGCGGGGGGGUCCUUACCUGAGGGUGAAUUGGCGCAACGCGACCGACAACAACUUCUGGUACACCUUGACGCCAGCAGGACAGCGGACGGUGCAGGGAUGGUACAGGGUUCGUGUGGUCACUUACUGGGGUUCAACAGGGGCGUACUCUGCUCCCGCCUACCACCCUGACCCCCUUCUCGCUCGCCCCCUGCCUCCCCCUCCGCCUUCCCCGCCUCCCGCCUCCUCCAUUCCAUCCCCACGAGGAGUAGAACCAGGACAGGGAGUGAAGGACGUGGAGGACCGGGAGGAAAGGGCGGGUUUGGGUUGAGUUCUGAAGGAUUGAGGACUGAGAGACGAAUGUGCAUCUUCAGGACAAAAGGAAAGAAUAGCGACGCGUGGCCGGCGGGAGGAAAGCGACAUCUGGCAACUCAGCUCGGGGUUCAGUGGUUCAAGUCCCUCGCUCGACGCUUCGGUCCCCACGUCUCGAAACAGGCAGCGAUUCGUGUCCUGCUUGGAGGCUCACUUUCGCUCGUGCCUUUGCUCAGUGUGUACCGUGUGUCCGUGUGUCCGUUCCGUUCUCCAUCUCUUUCUUCCUCUUCUCUUUUCCUCCGUAUUCAUUUCUCCAUUCCAUUUGUAACGUGUCUUUGUCUUCUCAUAUUUAUUUCGUAUUUUUCACUUUCUUUCCUGUUCUAUCACCUAUUUCCUGUCAUUCUUUCAUCUUUUCCAUAUUCAUUUUUCCAUUCCAUUUGCUCUCCCUUCAUUUGCUACGUCUGUCUUUGUCUUCUCAUAUUUAUUUCGUAUUUUUCACUUUCUUUCCUGUUCUGCCACCAAUUUCCUGUCAUUCAUUCAUCUUUUCCAUAUUCAUUUCUCCAUUCCAUUUGCUCUCCUUUCAUUUGCUACGUCUAUCUUUGUCUUCUCAUAUUUAUUUCGUAUUUUUCACUUUCUUUCCUGUUCAAUCACCUAUUUCCUGUCAUUCAUCCACAUAUAAUACGUUUGUUUUCAUGUUUUUCAUAUUAAUUUUCCUUCUUUCUCCUCUGCUUCGUCGUUUACUUCCCCGAUGUCUCUUCUAACCUUCCUUCAUCCCCAUUAUCUAUUCAAUCAAUCUUAUACCAACAACCAAUCUCUGUAAUCACCUCAUUCUCUCUCCCUUUCUUUCCUCCUCUUCCUUGUUUCCUACCUCCUCUUCUUCCUUGUUUCCCUCCUCUUUUAUUUCUUCAUUUAUUCCCUGCUUCACCUCUGCCCUCUAUCUCGUCCUUUCCACCUCGCCUCAGUAACUCUUCUCUCACCACCUAACUCUUCCCUGCCUCCUCCUCCUCCUCCUCACUCGUUCUCCCUCCUCUACUCCCCCAAAUCACCCUUCCUUGCUUCCCUCCCUGUCUCCUCCCCCUCUCUCUUUCCCUCUCCCUCCUAUCCUUCAUUUUUUUCUCUUCUCAAACCUUUCCACGUCGUCAUUUCUUUCGUUCUUUUUGCUUUUCUUCCUUGCAUUACUUUUUCCACUUAACAUUUUUUCUCCGCUUUCGUUUUUUUUUUCAUUCCGUCUGAGUUCUCUCGUUUUUCAUCCUCUUCCCUCUUUCCUUCCAUUCUUUCUUCUCUUUUCCUCCUUUCAGUCAUCCAUUACCUCAUUCUUUCACCAUGUUCCUCACCCCUAUUUCCUCUACUUUAUCAUCCUUUCUCACAUCCCUCAUUCAUUCUUUCUUUCUCUUAUUCUCUUCUUCCCUCACCUCACCUCCCUCUCAUACCCUUCCUCCUCUUUUCAAGCCCUCCCUCCCCCUCUCCUUCACGCCCUCCCUAUCUCCCCCUCCCUCUCCCACACACCCUCCCCCAUCCCCCUCCAUUUCCCUUCCCUCCCCCUUCCCUCUCCCAAACACACUUCCCCCUCUCCCCUCCCUUUCCCUUCCCCCUUCCCCUUCCCUUCCCCACUUUCCUCUCCCCCUCCAACUUCCCCGCCUUGCAUGCCUCGCCAGCUUGCCUCCCUCCACCACGCUGCUUGUUUUCUGCUCCUGCCCUGCUCCUGCUGCGUUUUCUUCAGGUAUUGUGUGAGACUUCUAAUACACACACACACACACACAAGGAUAACACGUGAGGUAUUAUAUGUUGAGUAUAAACAAACAAACGGGCAGUACUGGGAGGCUUGUGUGUGUGUGUGUGUGUGUGUGUGUGUGUGUGUGUGUGUGUGUGUAGUGACCACCAGAGGGACAGUGGCGGAGAUGAGGAAAGAUGUGAGCAGAUGAUGGAUGCUGGACGACUCUCCUUCAUCCCCUUUACGUCCUUCCUCCUUUCCUCCUGAUAACCUUCCUCCUUUCCUUCUUCUUUCCUCCUACUCCUUUUCCUUCUCUUCCCUUCGUGCCCCUUGAUCUCUCUCUCUCUCUCUCUCUCUCUCUCUCUCUCUCUCUCUCUCUCUCUCUCUCUCUCUCUCUCUCUCUCUCUCUCUCUCUCUCUCUCUCUCUCUCUCUCUAGUCCUGUUCUCUCCUACUUUCUACUUGCAAUAGUUUUCUUCUACUUCCU